AUGUCGCUCAGAAGUAUAAGUAGAUCUAUUUUAUUCGGCGUCCCCAUUGGUUUAACAUUUUUGGACACUGUUGGAUAUGUGGCUAGAGUUGAAGGCAUUUCUAUGCAGCCAGCUUUGAAUCCAGGAUCCACUAACAAAGAUUACGUAUUUUUAUCACGAUGGGCUGUUCGAGAUUACAAUAUCAAAAGAGGUGAUGUAAUAUCAUUGUCUUCUCCCAAAGAUCCAAACCAGAAGAUAAUUAAACGAGUGGUGGCACUACAAGGCGAUGUUGUAAGUACGAUAGGCUACAAAAACCAAUAUGUGAAAAUUCCUGAAGGUCAUUGUUGGGUAGAAGGUGACCAUACUGGCCAUACUCUAGAUAGUAACACAUUUGGGCCAGUUUCUUUAGGAUUAAUCAACGCCAAGGCAGUUUCUAUUGUCUGGCCACCAGCCAGAUGGCAAAAACUUGAAGCCAAACUACCUGAAAGUAGAAAACCACUAAGUAUAGCUAUGUGA